AUGACGGUGACCAGAUCAUCUCCGGAGGACCCUCAUGUCACUGCCGGCGAGCAGCAGCAGCCGCAGCUGCAAGCGGCGGACAAGGCACCUCGCACCACCGAGGAGGAGCCAGCGGAUUUUAUCAAUCUUUCCCGGAUUUCUGUUUGGUCUGUCAUGCCGGAAGAUUCAUGCUUUCAGCCGAUUGUUUCCAUGUGGUCGCUGCAGGCAGUUCCGAUCAACCCGGAAUACGCUCCAGUCCCCAAUGGCAUCGACAACGGCAGUGGCAGCGCCGCCAUCAGGAAGCAAGCAGAACCCGCACCGUCACCCACACCAAGCAUGGACGACCGCGAUGACGCCCCGGCCGUGGACGCCGACAGCUCGAGCCUCGCGUCCUACCUCGCCCGCGCCUCGCUCGAGCAGCGCCGGCCAGGAGGGCGUCCGGCGUCCUCAUCCGCUGCUAUCGUGAGCGACCACCAGCUGCACAACGCCGCCGCGCACUCCUCGCAGGGACUCAACCUCGGCGGCGGGCUCUACAACUUGGCCACACAAGCCUCUGAGGCAUCCAACAGCCACGAUGGCAGGCUCUACAACCUCGCCGCCCAGGCUACCUAGUGAGCCGACCUCGGCGGCGGCGGGCUCUACAACCUCACCGCCCAGGCCACCCAGGGAACCGACCUCGGUGGCGGCAGCAGCAGCAGCUGCUGCAUCACCAUCGCCGCGCCGGAAGACCCCACUCCGCUCAAGUGGGGCCGCAAGAAGCGCUCGUGCGCCCGCCGCGAGCCGCACGCGCCCACGUCCGCUCCCGUUCCUGCCCCCGCACCGGUGUCUACUCCCGCGCCAGCACCGGUGCCCACUUCCACCUCCGCGCCUGAGCCCGAGCUGAUCCCCGCUCUGGCGCAUUGUCGGGCCAUCUUAAGGCUGAAGAAACGCCCGGCGGCGCAAGGCCAGGCCCAGCCACGCGCGGAGGCGGAGAAGCUGAUGCCGCCGCCGAGCGCCCGCGGCCCCGUCAUCCUCGACACCUCGCCACACACUCCUCGCGCCGCCACCGUCUCGCCAUGGCCACCUCACGCCGCCACCCUCUCGCCACUGCCACCUCGCGCCGCCACCCUCUUGCAGCACAGGUACGCACGCCACGCCCCAUUCUGUGUCGACGCCAGAGUAGAGGCAUUGCUCAGUUUUCGUCGUGUCCGUCGUCCUUGCUUACCGAUGAUGCCGAAAAUGAUGGUGACCAGAUCAUCUGCGGAGGACCCUCAUGCCGCUGCCGGCGAGCAGCAGCAAGCGGCGGACAAGGCGCCUCGCACCGCCGAGCAGGAGCCGGUGCCCAAGGUGCAUGAGCCUAAGCCGCCACCGCAGCAGCCGAGGCGGAAGCCGUACCGUCAGGCGGCGGACAAGGCGGCUCACGCCACCAGCAACGGCGAGCAGGAGCCGGCGCCCAAGGUGCAGCCUAGGCAGCCAACGCCGCAGAGGCAGCAGCCACCGCGCCAGGCGUCAAUGAAGGAGAAGGGCAAGGCGCCGAUGGUGCAGGAGCCCCCCGCGGUGGCGCCGCACGUCGCGCAGAGGGCGGCCGCCGCCGUGGCGGCGGCGGCCCGGCCGCCCGCGCCGUUCGUCGCGACCCAGCUCACCCGCAGGGAGAAGGAGGAGGACUGGUUCGCGAUGACCUGCGGCAGGCUGCCCUACCGCCCCAUGCAGCGCCGCCCCAAGGCUGUCGAGGACAAGCUCCAGAAAAUGUCCCCGGGGCAGACGCUGCCUGAGGUGACCAGGGCAGGUACAUGGUGCACGUGAAGAAGCAAAAGAAGCGCCCCGGCCUGCGAGCAAUGGCGGAGGAGGACGCCGUGAGCUCCAAGAGGCACGACUCCGACGAUGACGCGGCGGGAGAAAAAAACCAUUUCGGUGUCGCUGAUGUAGAGGACUGUGGUAGCCGGAGGAAGAGGGGUUGAUGGCAGCAGUAGAUUCAUGGGCAUUCAAUGAGCGUCAGUCGAAACAAAAAAAACAAAAAAGAACUCUAGCCGGCAUUCGGCUCUUUUCCUUUUCUUAAGACUUUUGUUCGUUCGUGUCGUCGAUGACAGACGGUUCGUUGGUUUACAAUUGUCGGUCGAAGCCCGUCGCCGCUGUUUCCACACCUCCGUGGUGGGGGCCGGGGUGGCGGCGGGCUGUGCAUAGUACCAGACUUGGGUCCAGACUUGCAUAGCCUGGGGAAGAGCUUGGAAGAGGAAACAAACC